AUGCCCUAUUCAGAGCCGGGUUUCCGUUAUCUGUGGUCGGACGAGUUUGAGGGGUCCAGUGUAGACACCGCUUCAUGGACGUUUGAGAACGGGGAUGGCAGCGCCUACGGCAUCCCAGGCUGGGGCAACCAGGAGCUGCAGGUGUAUCAGUCGCAGAACGUUGAGGUGGCAGGCGGCGUUCUGGCAAUCCGUGCUGAUGUGGCAACUGGUGGCGCUUACGUGAGCGCCCGGCUGGCGAGCGCCCCCGGCCGCGCAUUUGCUCCCGGCCCCGGCGAAACGCUGCGGGUCGAGGCGCGCAUCCAGCUGCCGCGAGGUGGGGACGGUAUCUGGCCAGCAUUCUGGAUGCUGCCGGCAAAACAGAGCAACAGCAGUUUGGCGUACGGCCCCUGGCCCGCGAGCGGGGAGUUGGACAUACUGGAGGCGGUGAAUGACUUAUCUAUAGUCAUGGGCACGGCCCAUUUUGGCAAAUCUAAGGCCCAGCUUGGCGGCUUCCUGGAAGCUGAUGUGGCCAGCGGAAGCUUCGCAGGAAACUGCCAUGUGUAUUCCAUGGAUUGGUCCUGGGACUCCAUCACAUGGCAGUAUGCGAUCGCGCAGAACAGGUGUGUCAACCCGGGUGGCGGCUGGUACACGUCAGCGGGUUCCCCCUCUGCAUGCGGACCCCCCUUUGACCAGCCAUUCCGCCUGCUGCUCAAUGUGGCAGUGGGGGGCCUGCUGCCCGGCAGAUCCCCCUCCAAAGACACUGUGUUCCCGCAGACCAUGCUGGUGGAUUACGUGCGUGUGUACACCAGUAGAUGA